AUGAAGUACCAGCAGAUCUCGGUCGAUUUUAUAAGCAUGGUGUACACCGCUUGUUCGUACUUGGCUCUCGCUGGAGUCGUUUGGAUAUUCUUACGACUCAUCCAGGCGUGCUUUUGGUUACCACGCCAUCUGAAAAGACAAAAUAAUGUCCAACGAAUGCUGCAAGACAAGAUGGAGGGCUAUGAGAAGUACAUAUUAGAGUGCGAAAGAAAAGAAAAGAUUGAACAAGAAAUGCAAGGCGGGGACGCCAAGUGUGAUCCUGAGCAAGCGGAGAAAUGGAAAGAACGAAGAGAAUGUCUGGAAAUGUUGAAGAGGGAAUUAAGUAAGAUUCGCGAUGGCGGUGACGAUUCGCAAGACUGGGACUAUCUUCUGGAAGAUGAUGAAAAGAAGGAAGCUAGUAUCACAGAAAUUCAAGAUGACGAAAUUUCUAAAGAUGGACCUAAUGGUAAAAUAAACGCAAGCACGAACGGGAUCAAACAAGUAGCCGAUUCGGAGGAGAAAAAGGACAAAUAAUUAUGUUUCACAUCAUCUCUGUAAGAACGCAACGGCAUUUAUGAUAACAGAUUGAAGAUGUUUAAAAUCUUUUUAGUUCGUAAAAAUCGUAGAUAAAAUCGUACGAUGAAACAUUUAAAGAAUUCGAUUCGAAGUAUUUAAAAAAUAUGCAACGAGAUAAAUGUGUGUUCAUUUCAAAACAAACAGAAGAAAUAGUAAUUAUUAAUUUUGUGACAAAAUUUUUAACAAUUUUUAAUAUCAUAAAUAGUUUUAACCUUAAUACGUUUCGUCCACAUAUUCACCUACGAGGCACAAGAAUUUAGUAAUUAAUACGUAUUAAGUGUUUGAUUCUACCUAUACUUAAUUAUAUUUGCAAUGAUAUACGAGUGAAUGCAUUUUAUUGUACGUAGCUAAAUAUACAAUUUUUACGAAAAAUUACCUGUUGACACGAAAAUGUAAAAUAAGUGCAUAUACAUUAGAAACACAAUUCAAAAUUAAAGUUCAAUCUAUUACAUACACGUGCCUCUUUAAAAUUACAAUGUAAUCAAGGGAUAUAUAGAGUUUUGCAAUCAUUAGCCUACAAUAAUUUAAAGAAUUCAAAUUAGUUUAUAAUAUGAUAAAAUUGUUAUAUUAUAAUAUAGAAGAUGUAUUACGAUAUUAAUAAUUUUAAUAUAUUUUUGUUAUAUUUA